UAAGUUCCCGUUAUGCUUUUUGUCAGCCCGUUUCUACAGUAUAUUGUAUUUAGUAAAUGUAUUUAGGUAAGUACUCCCUAUUUUGUAUUUCACAUCUUGUCUUGUUGGGGUAUUUUUUCUCUCUCUUCCCAUUUACCCGUCCUUCUCUCCUCUCACUCUCUAUCUUCCCGCUGAAAAAACAAACCCUUUAUUUUCUCCUUUUGAAUUUGAAUUUCGAACCCUUUUUGUCACUCUAGCUCUCUGUAUUCCUCCAUCUCCGUCAUUCGUGGUUUGCGUGGUGGGUUUGUUGAAGAAUUCAUUGUGGGAUUUGCUGCGGGGAGAACUGAAGAGGGUGUUACGCAAAUUCGCGGAAGAAAUUUGACCCAAGUUUCUAUUAUUCCUUGCAAAAAUUAUGAGAUCGAAGACAGUUGUACGAUCGAAGAACUGGAAUCAUGUGAUGGAUCCUUCAACUUCUAAGGGCCCUGCCCUUGGUAAGGCCCCUGCCCCUGGUAAGGCCCCUAUGAAAGGGGUGUCUGAAGUGAAAGGGAAGCAGAAACCUAACAAGAGUGCAAAGGUACCCAAGAAGUCAACAAAUGUUGUUGAGGAUAGUGAAGAAGACAACGGUGGUGAUGAGCAAAGUGAUGAAUACAGUGAAGAUGACUCCUGCUCUCCCUCUGAAUUCAUGAAGAUGAUGAUGCAGUUCAUGAAGAGUAAGAGUAGUCGGAAGAGGAAAAGGUCAAAGGUGAAAUAAGCGAAGGGCAAAAAGUUUUGAAGGAAGGGGCAGUGCUGAAGACCCAUCACGAGAACGUCGGAAAGUAGCCCAACAUUGUAUGCAGAGUCGAGUCUUUCUGCCAAGCUGUCAAACAUUUUGAUUCCCGAAGACGCGCAUUAGUGACACAAAUGGGGUUUCAAGGUCUGUUAGAGAUUGACAUGAAAAAUAUACCAAGGCAAUUUUGCUAUUGGUUGAUGACAAGAGUGCUUCCUGAUGGCACGAUGGUGUUUGGGCAGAGUGAGGUGUUACCCUUAGGUCCCGCUCAAGUGAGGUCUGUACUUGGCUUACCCAUGGGUGCUGAAAAAGUGCCUUUUGAUGUUGGUGAAGAUGAUGAGGAGAAGGUGGAGAAGAUGAGAAGGAUUUUUGAUCUGUAUGGUGUCGGUUCGAAUAAAGAAACCAUUUCCUUGAAAAAAGCUUCAGAUGCAUUAUGUCCGUUGGAUGAAUCGGGUCAACCAAUUCCCCUUGCUGAUGAAGUUGACGAGGAGGAUUUCAUGGUAGCCUUUCUACUUGUUGCUCUUGGUAAAGUGGUUUGUACAACCACUAAUAAUUCAAACUUUGCGAAGUCACUCCUACCAGCAUUGACAGUGGCCACUGAGGCUGUCAAGUAUGACUGGUGCUCGCUGACUUUUGAGUGGCUAUGUGACACGGCUAACAGAUUUCAUAGGAAGUUCCAGAAAGAUGGUUUUAGGUCUGGAUGUGGGGGUAGUUUUCUGUUCAUUAUGAUUUAUUAUCUCGAUCACUUGCAUCGAGUUCCUGUUCAGUGGGGCGUAUACCCGAGGGUGAUGGUAUGGAACUCUGUUGAGGUGAAGGCAGCUCUUCUUAAAGAUAAUGUUUCGACGAAUGAGUACAGCAAGCUUGAGGGCGUCGAUAUUGCUUAUGGAGAGGAACAUCCCCUAGUACCAAGGGAGGAUGAUGGUAACAAGGCGGUGGUUUCAGGAAAAGAGGUUUCCGUAGAUGUUGUUGUGGACCGGGUAUUAGGUCAUUUGGAAUCAAAGCUCGAAACCAUUGUUGAGGGUUUGAUUGGGACAGCCCUAACUAGCUUUGUUAGUAAGAUGACUGGAACACUUGUUGAUCAAUUUGUGGGUUUGCAAAAUGUGGGUUUUCAAAAUGUGGCUAGAAGGGAUGAAAAUGCAGGAAGUACCGGACCUAGGAAUGAAAAAGCCGCGAGUACCGGAUCAAGAAGGGGUGGAAAUGGUUGGAUUAAUGGACAUAGGGCUGAAGUGAUUCCUUCCCCCAAAAAGGAUGGUGCUGAUGAUGACUCUGCUGACAGGUCAUCACCCAAUUUGGAGGAAGGACCUAGGCCAAAUAAGCUCAGUCUCUUUGACAAGAGGAUUCUGUGCUUCGUCCGCGGUUGGAAGGAGUUGAAGAGUGAUACAGAGCCCGGUCCAAACUUAAUUUUAUGUGAUGGUGUGGAUGCAUCUCAAAGGGACUGUUAUCGUGUUGUGUCCCCGAGGGCUCGUGUUGGAGAUCAUUACGUCAGGGUGGCCUCUGUUCUGUAUACGAAGAGUUGGGCAUCACAACAUACAAGGAAAAGGAUUAUGAUGGAUCCUUCGUAUGCGAACUUCGUUAUGGUUGGUAAAGAUGACCCUAAAGAGUUGGGGCAAAAGUACGGGAAGACUUUCCUUAGCUAUUCUCUUGACCAAAUACAAAGUGUUUUUGUCCCUGUCCUUGAUGCAUCUGUUAAGAAUGCAGAACAUUGGUAUUGCUUGGCCUUGGAUUUAAAGGCGCAUGUGGUUUGGAUGAUUGAUUCUCUGUACGAAGAUCCGUACUUAAAGCAUGACAAGUGUCAUCAGCAACUAAUGGUGGCUUUGGAGAAGUUGCUACACCUGAGUGAACCCACAUGGGAGGUGGGUACAACUUCAACAUGGUUGAGGAGGACCUUCCCGGUACGACAGGCUGACAAUUGCUCGUGCGGCGCAAUCAUGCUAUCAAGCAUAAAGCAUUGUGCACGUUCUUUCGAAGCUCCCUAUCACAUGGAGAAACAUACCUCCUCCUUGAGGAACAUUUUGUUUCUUGAAGAUGUGAACAACGAAUUCAACGAGCUGCAUGCAAAUUUGGAGAAGAUCCUCCCAAAGGAAAGACGUGGUGGUAGAAGGACAGGUUCUCAGAUGAGUUGAUAGGGGUUUGUGGUUGUUUUUGAAACUAAUACUGAUAUUCUCUUCAUCAGCAAUGGGGUGCAUAACCCAAUUUUGUGGAAAACUAAUUAUGAGGUUGUUAACAUCGGUCUGGUUAAUUAGGGGAUUAUAUAGUUACUUUUAGGAUAAUUCGGCCCAGUUGAACAAGUCAGCUAGCUAGCUAAUUUUGUGGAUAACUAAUUAUGAUGCUCUUAACAUUGUAGUUAAUUUUAAUGCUACAAUUAGAAUUUUAAUUCAGGUUACAUACCCAUUACUAUUUUGUAGUUGUACCAACAAUCUUUAGGAUAACACAAUCAUUAAUCAGGGUUUGUUUCGUACUACACUUAUAACUAAAUAACAUAUUAAUCUAAUAUUCAAAGCUAGAUUCGGAUGUCCAAUUAAGGCCAGAAGCUGAGUCGGAACCCAUCUUGUUCUCAAACAUAUUGAUUGCUCGUUGCAUGUACAGAUCCCUUAUGAUU